CUGACGCGAUUCGCACCGAGUCACCGGGCAGCGUUAUUGUGUGAGUCUAGUCCGAGUUGACUCAACACCAUUCGAGCCGACCAAAUUGUUUUGAGUUGCAGAAUUAUAAUUGUAGAUCACAUUUCUAAAUUCUAACCAACCCAGAUCAAUAGAUCAUACCAAUCUCUUCCUCCCUCAAAGUAAUUCAUUUCUACUUGCGCCAAAAUUUUCAUAAUCACUUACCUUUUAUUCUCUCUUAAGAUCCUAAGAAAACUGCUCUCUGCAACUAUUCCGUGUGCUGAGAUUUCAAGCAGUAUAAAACAAUGCUCUGUUAAUUAGCGCAGAUAUAUGUUCAUCGAAGCAGAAUCCUGGGCAUUGGUUCGUUGAAGAGAAGGGUUCGUGGAAGUUGGAAAAUAAUGAGGAACCGGAGAUGGGUAUUCGCUUUGCUUCUUUGUUUUUCAACUUUUUGGAGGAUUGAAGCUUUCAAGUUCCACAGAGCUCAGAAAACUGAGAGAAUCUCCGGGAGCGCGGGUGAUGUCCUGGAAGAUGAUCCUGUCGGAAGGUUAAAGGUUUUCGUUUAUGAGCUUCCUAGCAAAUACAACAAAAAGAUUUUACAGAAGGACCCAAGAUGCCUCACCCAUAUGUUUGCAGCGGAGAUUUUCAUGCACCGUUUCCUCUUGUCAAGUCCCGUUCGUACACUUAACCCUGAAGAAGCAGACUGGUUCUACACUCCUGUGUAUACUACUUGUGAUCUGACACCAAAUGGCCUCCCAUUACCAUUCAAAUCACCUCGUAUGAUGAGAAGUGCUAUACAACUAAUCUCUUCCAACUGGCCUUAUUGGAAUGCAACUGAAGGGGCCGAUCACUUCUUUAUUGUGCCUCAUGAUUUUGGGGCGUGCUUUCACUAUCUAGAAGAGAAAGCUAUUGAGAGAGGAAUCCUUCCAUUGCUCCAGCGGGCUACUUUGGUCCAGACUUUUGGACAACGUAACCAUGUUUGCUUAAAGGGUGGAUCAAUCAUAAUCCCUCCAUAUGCCCCUCCACAGAAAAUGCAGGCACAUCUAAUUUCUCCUAGCACCCCUCGAUCCAUCUUUGUUUACUUCCGAGGUCUGUUUUAUGAUGUUGGAAACGACCCAGAAGGUGGUUAUUAUGCAAGAGGUGCGCGAGCAUCAGUGUGGGAGAACUUCAAGGACAAUCCUCUGUUUGAUAUCUCCACGGAACACCCAACUACAUACUAUGAAGACAUGCAGAGAGCUAUCUUCUGUCUUUGCCCGCUCGGAUGGGCCCCAUGGAGUCCUAGACUGGUUGAAGCAGUUGUAUUUGGGUGCAUUCCUGUCAUCAUAGCUGAUGACAUUGUCUUACCGUUUGCUGAUGCAAUUCCAUGGGAAGAUAUCGGUGUUUUUGUAGCAGAAAAGGAUGUCCCUAAGCUGGAUACAAUACUAACCUCGAUUCCAAUAGAAGAGAUACUAAGGAAGCAAAGAGUACUAGCCAAUCCUUCAAUGAAACAGGCGAUGUUGUUUCCGCAACCAGCUCAGGCACGGGACGCCUUCCAUCAGAUUUUGAACGGCCUCGCUCGUAAAUUGCCUCAUCACAGGAGUAUUUACAUCACAAGUGGUGAAACCACUCUAAACUGGACUGCAGGACCACUGGGUGACCUCAAACCUUGGUAGCUACUCUUCUUGUAUCAAAUGUAUUGAUUAAUGUAAAUUUCCCAUUCAAGUUCAAAUCUUUUUGUAGCUGUGGUUGGUUUGUUGUAGUCAGAUUUUGAUCAACAGUUUUUACCACUUGAGUUUUAUAGCAAGAACAGUAGUAGGUCUUUCCAUACUAGAUUAAUCUGCUUUGAUCUCGCCUUCAAUGGAAAUGAAAUAUUGGUUUAUAUUAA